GUGCAACUACAAAUUCGAACGAAAUGCUGUCUGCCAGCAGCAUUAGCACAGAUUAGAACAUCUUUGCCAUUACAUUUAGCUAAAUAAUGUGGUACUCAGUGUUACAAAAAUCAUAUCUACAUACCUCUGUACAUGUCCUAAAAAAGGCUGCGCAUAAUCUGAAAGGAAAGAGUACUGCCGAUCAGCGUUGGAUAGUUCGGCAGCUUAAUGACCCCUUUGUGAAGGCUGCCCAUGUGCACAAUUACCGGUGUAGAAGCGCCUUCAAACUGCUGGAGAUUGAUGACAAAUACAAACUUUUAAAACCCGGAUUCAACGUAAUAGAUUGUGGUGCUGCACCGGGUGCUUGGAGCCAGAUAGCUGUUCACAGGGUCAACUCAACUGGGGCUAAUGGAGAAUUCCCCCGUGGCACUGUGGUUGGAAUUGACCUUCUGCGUAUAGCACCUCUAGAUGGAGCUCACUUCCUGUCCAAUCAUGACAUCACCGACCCAGUCACACAUGCCAAGCUGCUUGAACUUCUCCCUGGUGCCCAGGCUCAUGUCAUCAUGAGUGAUAUGGCACCCAAUGCCAGUGGUUUCAAGGAGAUGGACCAUGAAAAACUCAUCACAAUGUCAUUGUCAUUGAUUGACUUGGCUGCGAAGGUGUUGCAGACCGGUGGCUCUCUCAUUUGUAAGUAUUGGGACGGGGCAUUGGCGCACCAGCUUCAGCAGAAGCUUUCAGCUGUGUUCCGUGACGUCAGGACAGUCAAACCAAAAGCCAGCCGUAAGGAGUCGUCCGAGUUGUUUUUCCUUGCCCGGUCAUACAGAGAAAAUUAAAAUAGUGUGACUGUAUAUUUGAAUGGGUGUUGUAAGCUUUGUUCACCUGCAAAAAACGGCUUGAGGUGCUAAAGCACUUGAGGAGCCCCUCUAUUUCUCUUUCCUGAAUGUACUUUUUGUAAAAAAAAAUCUAUAGUGUGCUAUGAUAUCUUUAACCAACUCAUUAAAAUCGAUGGAUAUUCUACAAUGAUUAACAUUAGUCAACAUCUACAAUUCUUGAAACCUUCCCUAAAAUAUUUUAUUUUAAGUCCCAUCCAUGCCACAUCUGUAAAUCCAACAAGAAAUUUGGAUCAAGCAUGCAUCAUUCAUUUCUCACUCGAGCUGAAAUAUUUAGCCUACCAGAAGAUGGCACCCUUGAGGUAUCAAUAAGCUGUGCAUUUGCAGGCCAACAAUUUCUCCGUACUGGCUGUUUUCAUCUUUGCCCACAGACAAGGUGAUAUCAACAUCUACGGGCCAGAAUGUAUUGUAUGUAUCAAGGCCUUGUCAUCAGAGCCACCGUGUUCCUCAAGUAAAUUUCUGUGAACGUCAGAACUAUUAUUUGUCCUUUGUCAGGCAUGUUUGAAGUAGUACAAAGUACAUUUGGUAUUUGUGAGAUAAUAAGUAUUCCAGUUUGCCAUUUGUAAUGCUUAUAAUCUGUUUUGCCAGCCAUGUAGUAACAUGUAAUCAUUCUCUCAUUUAGGGCUUAUAAAGGGAAAACAGGCUGGAUGAAAGAGCCAUGGACAGCAUAACUAAUGAAAUGGCUGAUGCCACUGAAGCUGUGCAUUAUAAAUAGUGUUGGUCUUCGCUCUCAGACAGCGGGGAUGUGCUCUUCAAUACAUCAUCAGGCUGGCAUUUGAAUGCUCUGCUUGAAAUGAUGUGGUUUUGAAUUAUUUUUGCCAAGUGGACUGCCACUGAUUGAGAUUUCCCUCAGAUACAGAGCUAAAUACCUUGGGAUGAAAGCCCACAGUAGUGUUGAUUUGGCACUAUUUACUUUGCCUGUUUGUCUCUCUUGUCACUGACUACUUUCUGUAAUUAUAUGGCUCUCAGGGUUUGAAAGUACUCUGCUGAUUUUACCAGGAACAAAGAAAAAAAUGUAUCAGAACUGUGCAAUAGACUGAGAACACAAUUAAAUGUGAUGGGGAAUGGAGAAACAGAUACAAAUGUUUCUUAAAAUAGAGAAUAUGAUGAAAAUAACCUCACCAUAAAGAAGCACAUGGAAGGUUUCAAAUAUUUGAUACCAUACAUUGGUGGAGGGGCCCUGUCUCCAUGACGCUAUUAUAAACCUUCAUACAAUUAGCCAGUGAGCUGUGACUUUCAAGCCAUCGAUACCUCCCUGUUAUCUCCUCAGUUAUAUAAGUGAUCAGCAGCUAGAUUGUAAAGGGUUCAUUGUUGGCGUAUUGAGUUCCACAUGACUUGUGUUACACAGCACAUAGAAUGAAUAGUAAUGUGGACAUCUGAGCCUGCACAAAAAUAUUAGGUACGUGCGUGACAAAUCAACCUCAUUUUAAACGUUGUCUACAUGGUAUCGACCACUGAACUCUACCUUGAAUUAUGUUUUUCAAAUGCCUCGACUUUUCACUAAUCAUUGAAGACCAAAGACACAAAUAUUGCCCAGUUAAAUGUCUUGGAACCGACUGAAUGAGCAAGGCAUUUCUAUUCAAUACUCCUUCAACCUCACUGCCAUAAAUGAGACUAGCACCGGCUAUACAAGUUCCACCAUAGAGUUGUUUGGAGCCAGUCACCUUUACCAUCAAGCAUUGUGUGUAGGUAGGAGGGGACAUAAUAGAUGCAGACUGUCUGUCCAGAUUUCUCUCCACCGCCGUGGUAACCUCAAGUUCGAUUUGUUAUUGCUGCCGACGCAGAGGUCAUUGUGGUACGAUUAACCACAUUACGUGUGAAGGUUUCACCUGCUCCAGCAGGAAAGUGUGCAAGGAACUUCUGAAGUAAACUAGACAUGUUUCGAGGUGAAAGGUAGAGGCCUAACACAAUCGUGAAUAAAUGCAUUGUUUUGGCAUUCCGUGUUCCAAUAUUGUUGCAUUGCCUUGGUAAGACGAUCCAGGACUUUCUCCUAGUCUCCAUGUAGUUUAGGCUACCUUGUGUCUAAUCAUUUGCCCUCCCAUUCAUGUCUUUGAAGAGUCCUCAAUUUCCAGCUUCAGGGACAUGCUGCGUUUCACUAGUUUCUGUAAUGUAGUGUAAAUGAAGUGCCUGGAGUUUUACCAGAGCGCUGAUAGGGCUCUGGUAAAUCGACCUGGCUGGGGUAUCCUGGAAUGACAUUGACCUCAUCCCGUCAGUAGAGGAUGCCUGGUUGUUCUUUAAAAGUGCCUUCCUCACCACCUUAAGUAAGCAUGCUCCAUUCAAAAAAUGUAGAAUCAGGAAUAGAUAUAGCCCUUGGUUCACUCCAGACCUGUCUGCCCUUGACCAGCACAAAAACAUCCAGUGGUGUUCUGCAUGAGCAUCGAAUAGCCCCUGUGAUAUGCAACUUUUCAGGGAUGUUAGGAACCAAUAUACACUGUCAGUUAGGAAAGCUAAGGCUAGCUUUUAUUCGAAAAGAAAUUUGCAUCCUGUAGUACAAACUCAAAAAAGGUCUGGGACACUGUAAAGUCCAUGGAGAAUAAGAGCACCUCCUCCCAGCUGCCCACUGCACUGAGGCUAGGAAACACUGUCACUACUGAUAAAUCCACAAUAAUUGAGAAUUUCAAUAAGUAUUUUUCUACAGCUGGCCAUGCUUUCCACCUGGCUACCCCUACCCUGGUCAACAGCACUGCGCUCCCCACAGCAACUCGUCCAAACCUCCCCCACUUCUCCUUCACCCAAAUCCAGAUAGCUGAUGUUCUGAAAGAGCUGCAAAAUCUGGACCCCUACAAAUCAACCGGGCUAGACAAUCUGGACCCUCUCUUUCUAAAAUUAUCUGCCGAAAUUGUUGCAACCCCUAUUACUAGCCUGUUCAACCUCUCUUUCGUAUCGUCUGAGAUUCCCAUAGAUUGGAAAGCUGGCGCGGUCAUCCCCCUCUUCAAAGUGGGAGACACUCUAGACCCAAACUGCUACAGACCUAUAUCUAUUUUACCCUGCCUUUCUAAGGUCUUUAAAUCAAGUUAACAAACAGAUUACUGACCAUUUCGAAUCUCACUGUAUCUUCUCUGCUAUUCAAUCUGGUUUCAGAGCUGGUCAUGGGUGCACCUCAGCCACGCUCAAGGUCCUAAACGAUAUCAUAACCGCCAUCGAUAAGAGACAUUACUGUGCAGCCGUAUUCAUCGAUCUGGCCAAGGCUUUCAACUUUGUCAAUCACAACAUUCUUAUUGGCAGACUCAACAGCCUUGGUUUCUCAAAUGAUUGCCUCGCUUGGUUCACCAACUACUUCUCCGAUAGAGUUCAGUAUGUCAAAUCGGAGGGCCUGUUGUCCGGACCUCUGGCAGUCUCUAUGGGGGUGCCACAGGGUUCAAUUCUCAGAACCACACGGGGGGGCCUAGUGAAUGACCUGCAGAGAGCUGGGACCAAAGUAACAAAGCCUACCAUCAGUAACACACUACGCCGCUAGGGACUCAAAUCCUGCAGUGCCAGACGUGUCCCCCUGCUUAAGCCAGUACAUGUCCAGGCCCAUCUGAAGUUUGCUAGAGAGCAUUUGGAUGAUCCAGAAGAAGAUUGGGAGAAUGUCAUAUGGUCAGAUGAAACCAAACUAGAACUUUUUGGUAGAAACUAAAGUCGUCGUGUUUGGAGGACAACAAAUGCUGAGUUGCAUCCUAAGAACACCAUACCUACUGUGAAACAUGGUGGUGGAAACAUCAUGCUUUGGGGCUGUUUUUCUGCAAAGGGACCAGGACGACUGAUCCGUGUAAAGGAAAGAAUGAAUGGGGCCACGUAUCGUGAGAUUUUGAGUGAAAACCUCCUUCCAUCAGCAAGGGCAUUGAAGAUGAAACGUGGCUGGGUCUUUCAGCAUGACAAUGAUCCCAAACACACCGCCCGGGCAACAAUGGAGUGGCUUCGUAAGAAGCAUUUCAAGGUCCUGGAGUGGCCUAGCCAGUCUCCAGAUCUCAACCCCAUAGAAAAUCUUUGGAGGGAGUUGAAAGUCCGUGUUGCCCAGCAACAGCCCCAAAACAUCACUGCUCUAGAGGAGAUCUGCAUGGAGGAAUGGGCCAAAAUACCAGCAACAGUGUGUGAAAACCUUGUGAAGACUUACAGAAAACAUUUGACCUCUGUCAUUGCCAACAAAGGGUAUAUAACAAAGUAUUGAGAUAAACUUUUGUUAUUGACCAAAUACUUAUUUUCCACCAUAAUUUGCAAAUAAAUUCAUUAAAAAUCUUACAAUCUGAUUUUCUGGAUUUUCUUUCUUCUAAUUUUGUCUGUCAUAGUUGAAGUGUACCUAUGAUAAAAAUGACAGGCCUCUCAUUUUUUUAAGUGGGAGAAUUUGCACAAUUGGUGGCUGACUAAAUACCUUUUUUUGCCCCACUGUAUAUGACCAGUAUACCAUGGCCAAGGGCUGUUCUUAAUAAAAGUUGGACAGUUUUAUCUCAAUCUCUUCAUUCAAAGACUCAAUCAUGGACACUUCCUGACAGUUGUGUCUGCUUUGUGUGAUGUAUUGUUGUCUUUACCUUCUUGCCCUUUGUCCUGUUGUCUGUGCCCAAUCAUGUUUGUACCAUGUUUUGUGCUGCUACCAUGUGUCUCUACCACGUUGUGUUGCUAUCAUGCUGUGUUGUCAUGUGUUGCUGCCUUGCUAUGUUGUUGUCUUAGGUCUCUCUUUAUGUAGUGUUGUGUUGUCGCUCUAUGUCGUGAUGUGUGUUUUGUCCUAUAUUUUAAUUUUUAAUCCCAAUUAUAAAAUUAUGCACGAUGCAUUGACACAACCCUUAGCCGUGCUAUAUUGUCCAUAUACCACAAACACCCGAGGUGCCUUAUUGCUAUUAUAAACUGGUUACCAACAUAAUUAGAUCAGUAAAAAUAAAUGUUUUGUCAUACCUGUGGUAUACGAUCUGAUAUACCACAGCUGUCAGCCAAUCAGCAUUCAGAGCUCAAACCUCCCAGUUUAUAAAUGGGCAUUUUGCUAUCUUUACAAACCCUGAUGUAAAGAUAGUCCUGCUAUUCAAUAGAUACACGACACGACUUCUGAUGCCAGCUUUUGUGUUCAGCCAUCCCCAAGUAUAAUGUCUACCAGCUGCUUUUCAGAAUUAUACAGCCUUUACAAGUUGCAAAAGAAUGAGAUAUAUACGUAUUUUAUAGAUCACAACAGAAGAUAACCUCUUAAAUUCCUAUUCUUUUCAAAUUAUUUGAAAAAUCAGACAUUUUACUUUCAAGUGGGGUUGUUCAUACUAAAUUGGUGAAACAAAACAUCUUUCUUUUAGCAUAGUGCCUAACAGUGUUUUAACAUUUCUACUGAAUAAAAGCUCUCAACGGUUAAUUUUAUUUAAUUAAUCAACUGCUCUCAGGCUUAGGCUGAAUAUACUCUACAUGAAUAAAUGCCCUUCAAAUUACCACCGAGUUAAUAUCCUUGUUGAAAUCUGAUUUAAUACCUAAAAUGGAGUUUUUUGAAGUCUGAUUAUCCCAUGAAAUGGAAUUUUUAAACCUAAUUAUGACUUGAUUUGCAUGUAUUUAUGGCACCAAUGAAAUAGAUAGUUCAUGUUAAUGUAUUAAUUACAUCUGCUUAUUUGGUUUCCUUUAGGCAACAUGUCACUUCUUCUUUCAGAGUGAUGACUGAGUAUACUUUGUUGAACACAUUUCUGGCCAUGCUGACAUGACGUUAAUAAAGAAGAAACCUUCUCUAAUCCCAAUUUGUUUCUACCGUUGAUGGAGAGAAAUGUGAAAAGCUGACCCAUUUUGUUUUCUCCUCAUUACUUGUUGAUCAUCCUCUUCUUUUGGUAUUCAGAUCACAUUUUAAUAUUAUUCCCUAAACACUGUGUGCUGCUGACACAUAUAUAGAUGCAUUCCUACAAUCCCUUUGCACUUGUUACUGCUGUUGCUGAAAGGGCCAGGCAUAAUGCCUUGCGGGUUAAUUUACCUUUGUGGAGACAGCUGGUGGCUUGUAUGUAAAUAGUAGCCAAUUUAGCAAAACAAAAAUAAGAAUCAUUUGGAGGCACUAUAAAUUCCUUCAAAUUCAAUUAUGGAAAUGAGAUCACCUCUUUAAUCAUCUG